GCGGUAGAAUAUCUUAAAUAAUAUUCCUCUGGAGUAUAUUCUUCGAAAUGAAGAUGAUCAUCCUUUUUGGAGCCCUUUGGCGUGUGGAUGACGCAAUUUCUGGAAUCGUUCGAGGUGUUCGAUCUCGCGCUGGGUAAGCCGCCGCUCCACUGCCUCCCCUGCAAUGCGAGCGUCGGGGACGCCAUUGCGAUGGCGCGGGAGCUGGGAGUGGCGGAGAUUAGCGUGUGGGACGCCAAUCUCGCCAAUUGCCUGGGCGUGGUCAACAAUCUCGACGUCCUCUGCUUCCUCGCCGCGGAUCACACCCUGCUGUGCGAUCUGGAGGCCGCGCUCGCGCGUCCAAUCGCCGGGCUGGUGCACAGGAGCUGGAUCCAGCGCGUGGAUCUCCACGAAAGACUGUCCAAGGCGCUGGAGCUCGUGAUCAAGGGCGUGCAGUACCUCAUUGUCCCUCUCCCCAAGAGAUCUCGAUCCACUCGCGCGAUGGAGUUCGAGAGGAACAGUAGCAGCGGAUCCUCGCGCUGGCCUCGCAAGGAAGUGUGCUGGAUCAGCCAGGAGGCCGUGAUGCGCUUCCUCAUGAGCUGCAUAGCCGCGUUUUGCCCGCUUCCACUCUUCACCAUCGAGGAGCUCGGGAUCAUCAACCGCAGCUUUGCCUCCAUCCAGCACGAGGACCCUGCGAUCGAGGCGAUCCAGAUCAUCCACCAGGCCUCCCAGGCGAUGAGCGCAGUAGCAAUCGUCGUCCCGGCAACUCCAUCACCAUCUCCUUCAUCGGCGUCUUCCACUACCGAGAACCAGAGGAAGCUCAAGCUGGUGGGCGAUAUCUCGUCGUCCACGCUCCGCCGCCACGACGAGAAUUUCGCCGCCGUCGCCGCGGCUCUCGCCACACUCUCCGCCGCCGACUUCCUCUCGUACGUCCGCGGAAGCAACAAGCGUAGCUCCAAGAUCCUGGGAAAGUUGAUCGAAACUCGUCUCGCUCAAAAGGUGGCGGCGGCGGCGGCGGCGGCGGUGGCGGACGAAGAUCAAGUUGCAGGAAAACCCCCGACGCCGCUGGAUUCCUGCGAGGAGUCCUCGGACUCGGAGCAGGACUCCCAUAGAUCUGGAGGACUGACUUCGAGCUUCCAAAACUCUGGGAGCCGCGGCUGCUUGACGUGCCGGCCGUGGAGCUCGCUGGCGGCGGUCAUGGCGCAAGCACUGUCGCACCAAUGCGGCUACAUCUGGGUGACGGAGUCAGAGAGCGAGAACACGGUGGUGGGGAUUGUGACUUACGUUGAUAUGAUCCGUGUGCUCGUCAAGAAGCUGGAAAAGGUGGGGCGCCUUGGAUCCAGCCAGAAAUUGUUCUCGUCGACGCCAAAGCUGGUCACGCGGCCGGAUCAAAGCAGCCAGCAGCCACCACUCGUUCUGCCCGCCGACCACUUGAAGAGCAAGCAUUCGUGAAAAAGAGGAGCUGUAUACAUUUGUGCGUGUGUAUAUCUUGUUCGUUCGCUAUAAAUUUGACAAAGUUUUCAGUAA